CGACGAGCAACGAACACUCCCUCCCUCGAACAUCAUCACCCCCAACACACCACUCGCGCGACUCGUGAAGCCGAACUCAAAAUCUCCCCUCCAUCCAAUAGUCACCAUGAGCGCGCUCUUACUUUAAUGGCGCCAUACCAUUGAUCUAGCUGCGAGCACCGGCGUGCGAGUGACAAUGACGAGGAAUGAUGGCCGCGCCAGCUCCGCCGUGAGCUCGAGUAGUGGAAUGUCCAACAUCACCGUGAAACCGCCCACGCCCAACCGCUCCGCAUCCACGUCCUCCGCCUCAAACAAGCCUACCCCGAGGCCCAUCAAGACAGGCGAGAAUGGUCGCUUUAGGCCGCACAAAGACGACUCGCAGUCUUCUCCCACAUCGCCCACUGGUCACCGCUUCGCUUUGUCUCCCGCCUCGACCGCCUCUACGAGUUCGCUGCUCGAUAGUCGUCGCAUGAGUGACCUCGCCAACUAUCGUCGCGAGCUCGCCGUCCUAGAACCCUCUGGCGGUCGCUUACCCCAGAUCCACCGAGAACCGCCUUCGACAAGUCCCAAUGCACCUCAGAAUAUUGCGCCCUGGAUGUCCGCCAACGGAGGACCCGGUGCGGCCGCGUCGCCGACCACUUUCACUAGUUUCUACAACGAUUCUAGCGACAAUUUAUCCACGCCUUCCCAGCUCUCCCCUGCUUUCCGCCUCGCCCCAUCACGAUAUGGCCAAAAUCCGAGCAACAAUGAUUCACCGGAUAUUGCCUACUUUGACGAGCAACGACGCCCAUCGAUCGCGAGCAUAACCACUGCGAGCAGUCAAGGGUCUAAGAAUAGUAGUGGCCGGGGUGGGCUGAAGAAGCUCCAAGGCUUUUUCGGGGAAGAAUUUCCGGGUCGCGAUGGGUCAGAGACGAGCUUGCCCCCUGCGCCGCCACUUGCCAAGGAGCAGCGCUCGUACUCAUUUGGCCGACCACGCCGAAGCAGGAACGAUUCCAAUGCGACCGAUCACACCCGGGAACCAUCGCCAACAUCUUCUAGACCACGAACACCCAUACCCUCGAGCGAUGUUGUGCCAUUUUUAUACCAAGAAGCAGAUGAUAUUGCGAAAUACGGUGAGGCUCCGGUGCGUGACAUUUUAGCCGGGCCCGAUAAGGAACGCUAUAUCCAGUCGCACCAGGAUAGUGCGAGCUCGAGCCAGAAUAUGAUAGCCCCGACAUCGUCAUCUUACCGUUCCAACCAUUCCAUGGUCCACCUCCCUGGCCAUCACCGCCACAACAAAAGUCUCGAUGAACCCAGCAACUUGCGGCCGUAUACUAGCCGGGAGGAUUCUAACCUGAGCAUCAAUAAUAUGAAAGAACGGGGUGGGUCUACUGCGAGUGGUAUGCGUUCUCGUGCACAGAGCCCUGCACCCAGCAACAAUAGCACUGGCAGCAGGCUAGCUUCGGUAGAUGGACAGAUCUCGCCGGGUGGACAUGGAAAGAGGGGGAUUCUGGAGCGGCUACGGCGACAUAAGCAAAAAGAUGAUGCGCCUAGUGGUCGCCAUCGAAAUGCACCUGCUUCUCGGUCCAUAGUGCAUUCGACCUCGAGGCCAGAUUUGACUCGCGGGCAGCAGUCAUUCGAGAAACCCUUGCCUUAUCCAGAGAGUGAUCGAGAACCACGGGCACACACGACACGACAAGCAACUUUCAAUAAUAAAUUCCCGUUCGGCAAGAAGUCUCGUCCCCAUAAAACAUUCGACGAUGCCGACGAGCUCAUUGGUCCUACCGACAAGAAUGACAAAGACUCCAUGUUUCACCUCGAUACCAAUCUUAAUGAUAUGGAGGGUAUCUUGUCCCGUCCACUACCUCUUACCCCCAUGGAUCCAGCUAUGUUCCAGUUCUCCGAUGAGCCCAUGCCUGAGCCAAUAUCGGCGACUACUAAGCCUGGAGGAGCGUGGAAUGCCCCAGAUAGCUGGGCUGUUCGUCGUACUGCUGAGGAAAGGGCUGACCACACACCAGAAAACGAAGACGUUGGUACUCCACCACGAGUCGAAGAAAAGGGGGCUCCUCACUGCAUUCGUGUCUUCCGUUCCGACGGCUCUUUUGCUACAGUACAACUGCCGCUUAGUGCAACUGUGAGCGAUGUUAUGAACCAAGUUGUGAAGAAGACAUUAAUUACUGAAGGUGUGGAAAACUACCACAUUGUCCUUAAGAAGCAUGAUCUAUGUCGAAUACUUGCUGCUGCAGAGCGACCGCUCUUGAUACAGAAGCGAUUAUUACAACAAGCUGGAUAUGAGGAGAAAGACAGGCUAGAGGAUAUUGGACGUGAGGAUAACGGUUACUUGUGCCGGUUCAUGUUUUUGUCUGCAAGAGACGGCGUGUUCAACGCCAGCCCGCAUGACCUGGGACUGGGGAGGGCUGCCAAGUUCAACCAUGUCAACCUGUCUGGCCGAAACCUGAUCACGAUCCCUAUUACCCUAUAUUCCAAGACCAACGAGAUAAUCUCCUUGAACCUCUCACGCAACCUUUCUCUCGAUCUCCCUCGAGACUUCAUCCAAGCAUGCCCCUCACUACGCGAUAUCAAGUACGCUAGUAACGAGGCCCGGAAACUUCCUAUUAGUAUAAGCAGAGCAACUAGAUUGACGCUGCUUGAUGUGUCCAAUAAUCGCCUAGAAGAGGUCGAGCACGCUGAGCUUGCCCGCCUUACCGGGAUAUUGAGGCUAACCCUUGCUAACAAUCGUCUGAAGAGUCUACCACCGGACUUUAGCUCUUUCAAAUCUCUUCGCGUUUUAAACCUAUCCUCUAAUUUUCUGGACAGCUUCCCCGUCUCCCUAUGCCAGCUGGAGAGUCUCGUUAAUCUCGACGUCAGCUUCAAUGCGGUGGGAUCGCUUCCUGAAGAAAUUGGAAAUCUUCGCAGUUUGGAAAAAUUCGUAAUGACGAAUAAUCGGUUGAGUGGAUCUCUGCCGUCAACAUUCAGCCGCCUGUCUAAUCUUCGCGAGUUGGAUAUCAAGUUCAAUGCGUUGACUUCCAUUGAUGUCAUUUCAGAACUACCCAAGUUAGAAGUGCUCACGGCGGACCACAACAUGUUGUCACAGUUCGUCGGCAGCUUCGAACGUGUCCGCAGUCUGAAGCUCAAUACAAAUCCUCUCACGAAAUUUGGCAUUGUGAAUCCUAUGCCAACAUUAAAAAUACUGAACCUCUCGAACGCUCAGCUUGCCAGCAUCGAUGGAGCAUUCAAUAACAUGGUCAAUUUAGAGCGGCUCAACUUAGAUUUCAACUACUUCGUUUCCCUACCCGGUACGAUCGGUAAUUUACGAAGGUUAGAGCACUUCAGUAUCGCUCACAACCUGGUUGGCGAACUUCCACUGGAAAUAGGUUGUUUAACGGAACUAAGAAUUCUAGAUGUCAGAGGCAACAAUAUCAGGAAACUCCCAAUGGAAAUAUGGUGGGCCAAUAAGUUGGAAACUCUUAAUGCAUCUUCGAAUGUCCUCGAGAAUUUUCCGAAGCCCGCUUCUCGCCAACCCCAGCCACCUGGAGAGACACAGACCGUCCCGGUUAUCAGUCAUAAGCCACCAAGUGGCCCCUCAUCUCAGACGCCUAGCGACGAAGAUAUAUUACCUGAUGGGUCACGCCGGCCUAGUCAAUCAUCAAGCACACUACUCAGUGUUGGACCUAACCCGGUUGCUUCUGGGGCUGACCGCAAGAGCUCUGUGGUGUCUGUAUACGGCAAAGGAGGCCGCAAGACUUCAGUCGUAUCAAGGAGCACUACAGGAAGUGGGAUGAAUGGCACUGUGACACCGUCUGGGGCAUCUAGGAAAGACUCUGGUCUUUCUAGUCGGCUGACUAACACGUUCGCGGGCUCUUUGCGACAGUUAAUACUCGCAGAUAACCAGAUUGACGAUGAUGUAUUCGAGCAAAUCACGCUACUUAGCGAGCUGCGAGUUCUGAAUCUAUCAUAUAAUGACCUCAGCGAUAUGCCCCAGCGGUGUAUCAAGAAUUGGCCGCAGCUUGUGGAGUUGUAUCUGUCAGGCAACGACCUCACCAGCCUGCCUGUUGACGACUUAGAAGAAUACAGUUUGCUUCAAGUGCUUCAUAUCAACAACAAUAAGUUUACAAACCUUCCAGCUGAUAUUUCAAGAGCAAAGAAGUUAGCUGUACUUGAUUGUGGAAACAACUCGCUGAAGUACAACAUUUCCAAUGUUCCGUACGAUUGGAAUUGGAACCUCAAUCCUAACCUGCGGUACCUUAAUUUGUCGGGCAACAAACGCCUUGAAAUCAAACAGAACAAUCAAGGGACUGCUGCGCAGAGUCGCGAACAGUAUACCGACUUUAGCCGAUUGCAAAACCUUCGCGUUCUUGGUUUGAUGGACGUAACCCUUACUCAGCCCAGCAUACCAGACCAAAGCGAGGAUCGUCGUGUGAGAACCUCUGGUUCGUUGGCAGGGCAUCUUCCAUACGGCAUGGCGGAUACGAUGGGAAGAAAUGAGCACCUGUCUACAAUUGAUCUCGUUGUCCCUCGGUUCAAUUCAUCAGAUACAGAAACACUUCUCGGCUUAUUUGAUGGCCAGGCCCUUUCUAGCGGUGGCUCUAAGAUCGCCAAGUACUUGCAUGAGAACUUUGGCCACAUAUUCACCAUGGAGUUAAAAGCUAUCAAAACUCGUCAGAACGAGGGACCCGCCGAUGCAUUGCGUCGUGCAUUUCUAGCUCUGAACAAAGACUUGGUCACUAUAGCUAUUGAGCAUACAGAAAAAAGGCCAAUGGGCACGCAUCGCGGAUCUGGAGCUCCCGUGGUCUUGAGUAAGGAGGACCUUAAUUCCGGAGGCGUCGCCACCAUUGCAUACCUUCAAAAUCAGGAGUUGUAUAUCGCCAACGUUGGUGAUGCACAGGCGAUGCUCAUUCAAUCAGAUGGCUCUCAUAAGCUUUUGACACGAAAGCAUGACCCAGCCGAGCCUUCAGAACGUCAACGAAUUCGAGAUGCCGGCGGUUGGGUUUCCCGUCAAGGAAAAUUGAACGAUCUUCUCGAGGUCUCUCGAGCCUUUGGAUAUGUUGACCUAAUACCAGCAGUACAAGCGGCCCCUGACGUCAACCAGGUAUCUAUCACACCACAAGAUGAAACAAUAGUGAUUGCAACCAGGGAGCUUUGGGAGUAUCUAAAACCUGCUUUAAUUGUUGAUGUCUCACGGUCUGAGCGAGGUGACCUCAUGCGAGCUUCGCAAAAGCUGCGAGAUCUCGCUAUGGCUUACGGUUCGACUAACAAGAUCAUGGUAAUGAUGAUCAGCGUUGCCGAUCUCAAACGCCGGCAAGAGAGAUCAACGCGCCUGCAUAGAGGGCAGAGCAUGUCUCUGUACCCCUCAGGUGUUCCGGACGAUUUUCAAUAUCCAAAGCGAGGCAAGAAACCCAAGGGUGGUAUUCUGGACUCAGAUUUGCACCGGCUCGAGGCCGAGGUUCCCGCACCGACCGACAAACCUUCCAUUGUUUUCACUGACAUCAAGAAUUCGACCAAUCUUUGGGAAAUGUACCCGGAUGCGAUGAGGUCCUCUAUUAAACUUCACAACGAAGUUAUGCGCCGGCAACUCCGACGAAUUGGUGGGUACGAGGUCAAAACAGAAGGCGAUGCUUUUAUGGUAUCCUUUCCCACUGCGACAUCAGCUCUGCUAUGGUGUUUCUCCGUUCAGAUGCAACUCCUUGAAGUCCCUUGGCCGUCCGAGGUGCUCAAUUCGGUCUCAUGUCAAGAGAUUUGGGAUAAGGAUAACACUCUCAUCUUCAAAGGCCUUUCUGUCAGAAUGGGCAUUCAUUAUGGUGAGCCAGUCGCCGAGAUCGACCCUGUCACGCGUCGUAUGGACUACUUUGGACCAAUGGUCAAUAAAGCCUCUCGUAUUUCUGCAGUUGCCGAUGGCGGUCAGAUUGCGGUUUCUGCAGAUUUUAUCUCGGAAAUCCAGCGAUGCCUCGAAACCUAUCAAGAAAACGACCGAACUGGAUCUACAGGCUCUGACGAGGCAUUUGAUGACACAGCAACAGCUCUUGCUAUUCGAAAGGAGUUGAAGUCACUUACUUCUCAAGGAUUCGAGGUCAAGGAAAUGGGUGAGAGAAAACUAAAGGGGCUCGAAAAUCCCGAGUAUGUUUAUUCUCUCUACCCACAUGCACUCGCCGCCAGAAUUGAUUACCAUAUGGUUCCGGCUACAACAAUUGGCCCGUCUGAGCAGCCAGCACGACUCGUGGCUGGGAGCGAGCUCGGAAUUGACCCAGACAUGAUUUGGUCUUUAUGGAAAGUUAGUCUACGCCUAGAGAUGCUUUGUAGCUCUUUAGAGGAGAUGUCCGGGAGGGGCUUGCAGCCUCCAGAAACCGAGCUACUCGAACGUAUGAAACAACGAGGUGGCGAGGUCACAGACCGCUUCCUGUUCAACUUCAUGGAACAUCAAGUGAGCCGGAUCGAGACUUGCGUUUCAACCUUGGCUCUUCGACACGCUGCUAUGGGUGGCGGCCAUAUCAAACAACUUGAAGACCUCCGCGCACCAAUGGCGGCCAUACUUAGUCAUGUUUCCAAACAGAUGGCUGAGCUAGAAAGGUACAAAGCCAAGUACGGUCCUCUUGAACCCUCCGACAACGAGGGAAGCGACACAGAACAAGAGUAGCUGAAUUAAUUGAGAAACGUUCGGCUCCUCUCGGCCUACGAAACCCUGUACUAUACGCUAAGUCUUUAGUGACCUAUCUCGAUCUAAACCGCUAACGCCGCGAAUUCGGCCACAUCGGCAUUAUACUAUAUCUUUAUCGU